AGUUCACGUCCCUUCCCCGGCCCUGGGACCGCGUAGCGUGGCGCAUGCGCGCAGGCCCAGCCUGGGGUCGGCUUUGGAGUCGCCCCGAGGCAACGGCUGUAGGGUUCCCGCUUCCGGCUGCGGGGCCCCUGCCCCCUGUGUCUUCAACCCUUCCGCGCAAACGGCGCUGGCUAGCGGUGCGGUUUCCAGGUCUUUCCGCUCUUUCCCGCCCGCAGCCGCCUCGCUGACUCAAUGGCGACACACGCUGUAGGCCUUUGGUCCCGAAGUGGAGGGAUGGCGGGGAAGGCCUGGCCGACCUAAGGUUUCUCAGCCUGGCCUUCGAGCUCUGCUUAGGCCAGAAGUGGAGGGGUUUAGAGGUGAACAACUUUCCCGGUGCCCCUUCUUGGCGGCGAUGGAACUUCCGCCCGAAUUGAAGAUAGGUUCACAGCCGACUUUUUGCCUUUCUUUACAAGGUAAAGAUUUAGCUCGGACUGUAACAAAGGACGCAAAUGCUUUCUAGCACACCCGGCGAUUGCCCUGGCUGCCUGAACUAAGCUUGGCCAUAUUGGGCCACUUGAAGAGAUUGUAGUGAAAAAAAUCAGAGAUUUAAUAAAUGUGGCCACGUUGGGAAAGGGAACAGAGAGAGGUUCAGCGACCCAGGACCUCUCAGAGGCCCUACUUGAAGUUUAGGUUUAAAUCGUGAGCAAGGGAUGGAUGUGCAGAGCUGGCCUGGUCCAGGUGUGGUCCCGCCUGUCACUGACCCAUCCUGUCUCAGCUUCAGUCACAAUUCCUUGGAGUCCAAAGCUUGAUACCUGAAAGGAGAGGCGAACGUGUUUCUCUUCAGAAUAUCUUCCAUCCUUUCAGAACGGUUUUGGCGACGUAAUAUCUACUAAAGCCGAAUAAAAGAGAUCGAGUUCACAGUCCUGUAGAACUUGGUUCUUUAGUGAAUUCCUGUGAUAGUCACUGUUUAACGGUCAUUGAGUCGGCUCUGUAUUAGCACCUGCCCAGUAAAAUCUGUCACCUUACUGGGGCAAUGGCAUGUAGUCACGUUAACUUUUUUCUGGAAGACAGCUUUACAAGAAUCUAGUCGGACCAAAUUUCAGGUUCCAGAACAUUCCAUCAACCAGCUUAGCAGAUCAUCCAUUCUUCAGGAGCUGAAAGCUGAUAAGUCACUUCUUCACCGUGAUUUGAAACUUUCCAGUCUCAGAAAAGCUGACCAAGGGACUGCACAGGACUGAUCCAUAUGGAAGAAGAACUGCCUGGGUUCUAUGGAGAAAGUGGCAAGUCAGUACAGGCUACCCUGUCGUCGUUGAAGAUGUUAGAUGUGGGAAAGUGGCCAAUUUUCUCCCUUUGUUCUGAGGAAGAGCUACAGUUGAUCCGUCAGGCUUGCGUCUUCGGCAGUGCUGGCAAUGAAGUUUUAUACACUACAGUCAACGAUGAGAUUUUUGUGCUUGGCACAAACUGCAGUGGCUGUCUGGGGGUAGGUGACAUUCAGAGCACUAUUGAGCCUCGGAGACUGGAUUCUCUAACUGGCAAAAAAAUAGCCAGCCUCAGCUAUGGGAGUGGCCCUCAUAUCGUCCUUGCAACAACAGAUGGAGAAGUCUUUACCUGGGGUCACAAUGCUUAUAGCCAGCUGGGCAAUGGGACAACGAAUCAUGGUUUAGUGCCCUGCCAUAUCUCUACGAAUUUGUCAAACAAACAAGUCAUUGAAGUCGCCUGUGGGUCUUACCAUUCUUUGGUUCUAACAUCCGAUGGAGAGGUAUUUGCCUGGGGUUAUAACAACUCUGGGCAAGUAGGAUCUGGAUCAACAGCUAACCAGCCCAUUCCUCGAAGAGUCACUGGAUGUUUGCAGAAUAAAGUAGUUAUGAACAUAGCAUGUGGGCAGAUGUGUUCCAUGGCCGUGGUGGACACUGGAGAGGUCUACGUCUGGGGUUACAAUGGGAAUGGGCAGCUGGGCCUGGGCAGCAGUGGCAACCAGCCCACCCCAUGCAGAGUGGCCGCCCUGCAAGGCAUCCGUGUCCAGCGGGUUGCCUGUGGCUAUGCACACACGUUAGUACUAACAGAUGAAGGUCAAAUAUAUGCUUGGGGUGCAAAUUCUUAUGGCCAGUUGGGCACUGGCAAUAAAAGUAACCAGUCCUAUCCUACCCCUGUUGUUGUGGAAAAGGACAGAGUCAUAGAGAUUGCAGCCUGUCACUCUGCCCACACAUCUGCCGCCAAGAGCCAGGGUGGGCACGUGUACAUGUGGGGCCAGUGCCGGGGCCAGUCGGUGAUCCUUCCACACCUCACCCACUUCUGCUGCACCGACGAUGUGUUCGCCUGCUUCGCCACCCCUGCUGUCACCUGGCGCCUUCUCUCCGUGGAACCCGAUGACCACCUCACUGUGGCUGAGUCUCUGAAGAGGGAGUUUGACAACCCCGACACUGCAGACCUCAAGUUUCUGGUUGAUGGAAAAUACAUUUAUGCUCACAAAGUCCUUCUCAAAAUUAGGUGUGAACAUUUUCGUUCUUCAUUAGAAGACAGUGAUGAUGAUAUUGUAGAAAUGAGUGAGUUUUCGUAUCCUGUGUUCCGAGCUUUCCUGGAAUAUCUUUACACAGAUAACAUCAGCCUGUCUCCUGAGGAGGCAGUAGGACUGCUAGAUCUGGCUACAUUUUACAGUGAGACUCGGCUGAAAAAGCUCUGUCAACAAACUAUCAAGCAAGGAAUCUGUGAGGAGAAUGCUAUUGCUCUGCUCUCUGCUGCUGUCAAGUACGACGCACAGGACCUGGAGGAGUUCUGCUUCAGGUUUUGCAUUAACCAUCUGACUGUAGUAACACAAACGUCAGGUUUUGCAGAAAUGGACCACGAUCUCCUGAAGAACUUCAUCAGCAAAGCCAGCAGAGUUGGAGCCUUUAAGAACUAAUCUCGAAUGUGGAAAAGAAUGCUUAAGCCUUCCCAUUUCACCCCAGCAAAGAUAAAUAAAUAAGUGAAUAAAUAAUAACUACAAAAAAGCCAUUGAUGAACAACUUCUCUGUAAUUAACAGUGUUGAUGAGAACUACAUCUGGCCAGAUUCUUGUGUUUUGUCAAAAGGCUGCAGUCAGCUCUCUCCAUCUGCCUAUCCCAAGGUUUACAUUAGCAGGCACUGAGUGCCACAAGUGCAUAUGACACACCACAUAGAGGCUGCAAGUGUACCAGUGGCACUCUACUGGGAAAUCUCGCUCUCCCAGAAGGUGUCAACUGUAAAUAGCCUGGUGGGUGGGUGGGUGGGGACUGUGUUCACCUCCUUUCUCUGACCAGGGAUCUGUCUGGUAUGAACUUGUACAGGUCUCGUAUAUGCUGUCAGUCUCUGAUUUCAUACAUGUGUGUCCUGUUCGUUCAGGGUAGGCCCAUGCUUAGGGGUAACUGGCUAACAGAUUCCAUGGCUCUAUGGCUUUUGUGUGCUUUUUUGGUUUGGUUUGUUAUUUUGGUUGGCUGGUUGUCUUUUUUGGAGAGUUGGGAGGUUCUGGAAGAGGUUGAGGUAGAGAAAGAAUAUAAUGAAGACAGAUGAAGAGUAAAAAGGUAUCACCUAAAAAAAUAAAAAUUAUAGUUACCAUUUGUUCCUUUGAGUCACCUGUAGUAGAUAUCUUUGGGGCGUUGAUAGUUUGCUAGUCUGGAGAAAUGGUCCAAUAUUCAACUGGCUGAUACAUAAUUAUAUGAAGAAUGUUGUCAUGCCCACAGUUUUAGCCCCUAACACAGUGCCUUAUAUAUAAAAGGCACUCAGUUAAUUCACUGUCCAUCUUAAGGGUGAACUGAGAACAGCUAGAAGGUUGGGAAAGGAAUAAACAAAAUUAGAAGUCUGUAAUUACUGAUAUUCAUAUUGUUUUAGCUUGUAGUUCUGAGAAAUAGUAGCUAAUUUAGAGCAAUAUUAGCAUUCAUAAAAUGCCUUAGCAACUAAGUUGUCAAAGGCCCAAGGGCUACUUUUAAUUUUCUACUUUCCACAUUAACUCUUCAUAAUGGCACUGUUGAAAAUGAAACAUUAACUUUGAAUGUUACUUCUGGAAUCCUAUGCCUUAUGUAUCUGCAUAAAGCCCUUUGCUUUUCUUUAUAUUAAGGAAGGUCUCUCUCUAUAAGACUGAUUACAGGUUUUUCUUGUAGCUAGCUUUUAUGUCACUAUAAAAUAGGUUUCUUAGCCAGGCACUAGUAAAUACUAUAUACAAAGGAACUAACACAUUUCAUGGGUAGCAUUGUGAUGGAGAAAUCUGAGUUUUUAGACCAAAACAAGCCACUGUGUAGCAAAAGAGAAACUAACUGAACAAUAUGUAGCAUUGGAUUCCUCUAAGUGUCUCACAAUAUGAUAUUAUGUAAAGGAAAUCUUUUUUGGAAAUAGAAAUCUUAUUCUCGUGUAUAAUUAUUUGAUAAUAAAGAACUUGAUAGAA